ACACACCGAACUCCGGUCAAAUCCCCCCAUCUUCCCAUCCGUCUGCGUUCCGUCCUCCACCCUACGUCAUUCGCCAGGUCAUCCCCCGUCCCGUGUAUUUAUAGAGCCCCGCGUCCCAUUGCCCCCGUCUUCCUCCUUGCUUGUUUGCUCUCUGAAAGGACUUCUAGUACUUCUUGCUUUCUCUCUCUCUCUCUCUUCGGUGAAAGGCGGGGGGGAAUUUUUCCAAGAGGUUUUUUGCGGUGGGUUUGAGGGGUGGGAGCAGGAUUGCGGCGAUGACGACGGCGGUGGCGGCGGCAGCGGCGGCGGGAGCGGUGCCGGAGAUGUUUGCCCGGGACGCGAUCAUAGCGUGGUCGGGGGAAUUCGCGGCGGCGAACGCGAUCAUCGAUGCGCUGUGCGGGCACCUGGUGCAGAUCGAAGGGGGAGCAGAGUACGAGGCGUUGUUCGCCGCCAUCCACCGGCGGCGGAUGAACUGGAUCCCCGUGCUCCACAUGCAGAAGUACUUCUCCAUCGCCGACGUCACCGGAGAGCUCCGCCGCGUCGCUGCCCGUCGCUACGCCGCCGCCACGGAGGAGGUGGUGGAGAUCAAGGAGGGCAAGGAGGAGGAGGAGGCCCUGGCGAUGGAGGGGAAGGACAGCAAAGAUUCUCCAAAGGAGGAGGAGGAGGCCCUGGCGAUGGAGGGGAAGGACAGCAAAGAUUCUCCUAAGGAGGAGGAGGUGGUGGUGGAGAUGGAGCAGGAGAGAUCGAUAUAUGACGGCGGCGUUAGGGACGGAGAUUCUACCGGAGAUUCCUCAGAUCGGAAGGUCUCCGAAGAAGGCGGAGGCGAUGGAGGAUCUCGAGGGGAAGAAACUUCUGUGGAGAAUGUCCAGAUAUGUGCUGAUCACGAGGAUUGUGUGGCACGCCCUGACCGGAUCAAGAUCUUCAAAGGUUUUGUAGCCAAAGAGGCAGUGAAAGGGCAUAUGGUUAAUGUCGUGAAAGGUCUGAAGCUGUAUGAGGACAUCUUCACAGACUCAGAGCUUCUGAGGCUUGCGGAAUUUAUAAAUGAACUCCGUCUUGCAGGUAGAAGGGGUGAACUCUCAGGUGAAACAUUCAUUUUCUUCAACAAACAGAUGAAAGGGAACAAGAGAGAGAUCCUUCAGCUUGGUGUUCCAUUGUUUCAACCAACUAAUGAGGCAGCAUCAAGUAAUAUAGAACCAAUUCCCCCAGUUUUGCAGACUGCCAUCGAUCACCUAGUUCAAUGGCGUUUAAUACCAGAAAGCAGAAAACCAAACAGUUGCAUUGUCAACUUCUUUGAUGAGGGUGAGCACUCGCAGCCAUAUUUCAAACCUCCGCACCUGGACAAUCCAAUCUCCACACUUCUCCUUUCUGAGACAACAAUGGCUUUCGGACGGGUGCUUGUCAGCGACAACAAUGGAAACUACAAGGGUUCCCUCACACUUCCACUGAAGGAAGGGUCUCUAUUAGUCAUGCGUGGGAACAGCGCAGACAUGGCCAGGCAUGUCAUUUGCCAAUCCCCAGGCAGAAGGGUGAGCAUCACUUUUGUGAAGGUUCGACCUGCCGACAGCCAAACCGAUUCCUCUACCAUGGCUCCGCUAACUAAAGCUCUCACCCUCUGGCAACCUGGAACUCCACCGGCACAAAAGGUGCAGGGUGGUGGUGGUGAAGUCAUUACCUAUGGGCCUCACAGUGUGAUUCCAGCCACAUGGGGAGUGACCCUCCGUGCUCCUGUCGUCAUGCUGGCGCCGCCCCGUCCCAUGGUCAUGAGUCCUGGUAGGAGAGUGUCACGCAGCGGCACCGGUGUAUUCUUACCAUGGACAGUGGGACCCAAGAAAUACACCAAGCAUCUCCCACCUCGUAUUCAGAAGAGAAGGCUCCCCUCGUUGCCGCCCCCGCUAGAGGCACAAGUGUAGUUGAGGCCCCUAGUUUCUGAUGUCGGUGUCACUCCUGUGUGUCGAGCUAGAGUAGAGUGAUGAAGGUCUUGUCUCUCCCAUUCUCGAAGUAUUUUCCUUACUCAGGGCAUCAUAACAAAAAGAUUACAGGGAUCAACAUUUUCCAAGUGUCUUCACGGGAACUUCUUUGUCAUGGGAGUUUGUUAAGUUAUGGCUAUCAGCAACUUAUGAAGACGGCGUUGUUGUUACAGCAGUUCUUUAGCGUAGGUGGCUUCUUUUAGAUGGAUGGUUGACUGCCAUGGUAGGUAGAGUUUAGGAAAAAUCAGCUGGGGGACUUGAGAUCCCUCCAGUGAAGGACAAAAUUUUGUAAUAUUUCCGUCUAGUUUUAUUCAGCAUAUACCACAUAUCUAUCUCACUUCUCUCAGUUCAUUGAUUCA